GUCGUUGCCGACAGUAACCGUUCUUUCUUUCCCGCCAAAACAGAGGUUACUCCUCCAUUGAUGAGACCUUCAUGCUUCAUGCUUCCACCCGUCGCAUCAAGCCCUUCUGCGGAUCCCAUUACCCCUUCGCCUCACAUCUCACCCUCUGCUCUCCUCUCUCUACUAUUCCCGCCACCGAUGACCUCCUCGAUUUCUUCGAUCACCUCCUCCACCAAUGCCGGAGCUCUGCACUGCCCCCACAACUUCACUCCCAGAUCAUUGUCAAUGGCGCUCACCGGUCGUCAUUCUUGGCCGCUCGGCUGGUCGCGGCCUACGCCCGGUUUGGGUCUCUGGCAGUUGCGCGUGACGUUUUUGAUGAAACGUCAGUCGAGUGUAAGUCGAACUUGCUGCUAUGGAACUCCAUCAUAAGAGCUUAUGUAACCAAUGGGAAUUGCGAUGAAGCUCUGCGUUUGUAUUGUCAAAUGAGAAAAUUUGGCGUUUUGGGUGAUGGGUUCACCGUCCCUUUGGUAAUCAGGGCCUGUGCGAUGAAAGGUGGUUUGAGCUCCAACUGGGGGAGGAUUCUUCAUUGUCAAUCCCUGCAGAUGGGAUUUCAUUGCAACCUCCAUGUAAUGAACGAGCUGAUCGGUAUGUACGGAAAGAUCAGCCAAAUGGAUGUCGCUCGCCAGGUGUUCGAUAGAAUGCCAGUAAGGAGUCAAGUUUCGUGGAACACAAUGGUUUCCGGCUUUUCACGGAAUUUGGACUCUGACUCUGCUGUGGAAAUGGUUAGACUGAUGAAAUCAGAAGGCAUGGAGCCGAACAUCGUGACUUGGACAUCUCUGCUGUCGAGCCACGCUCGUUGCGGGCGGAGAGAAGAAACGAUCGGCUUGUUUUGUGAAAUGAGAAGAAGAGGAAUUGGUUGCAGUCCUGAAGUGCUAGCAGUUGUAUUAUCUGUUUGUGCUGAUGGUUCUGUGUCGAUUAACGGCAGGACUGUUCAUGGAUUCGCAUUAAAGAGCGGAUGCGAAGAUCAGUUGAUUGUUCAUAAUGCUUUGAUAUCUCUCUAUGGGAAGCAAGGAGACAUAGAAGGGGCAAAGAAAAUUUUUUCUGACAUUGAAACCAAAAGUAUAGUGAGUUGGAACUCUCUGAUAACAUCCUAUGUGGACUGUGGGUUAUGUGAUGAGGCUUAUGAACUAUUUGCACAGCUAGAGGAGUUAGAUGACGAUUGUUCAAUGGUAAAACCUAAUGUCAUAAGUUGGAGUGCGGUGAUUGAUGGGUUUACUUCCUCAGGGCAAGGAAAAGAGGCUCUUGAACUUUUUAGACGAAUGUGGCUUGCUAAAGUUGAGCCCAACAACAUAACAAUUUCUAGUGUCUUAUCGGCCUGUGCAGGUUUAGCUGCUCUUAACUUGGGCCGUGAAAUUCAUGGCCUAGUACUCAGGGCCUCGAUGGACGGUAAUAUCUUAGUCGGGAACAGCUUGAUUAGCAUGUACAUGAAGUGUGGGAGCCUCAGGGAAGGUGUUUUGGUGUUUGAGAUGCUCAAGAAUAGUUGGGACUUGAUCUCGUGGAACACUAUCAUGGCAGGGCACGGAAUGCAUGGGCAUGGAAGGGAGUCCCUGGAGUAUUUUGAUCGAAUGCUUAAGAAUGGGUUCCAACCUGAUGAGGUGACGUUCAUAGCAGUUCUUUCUGCCUGCAGUCACUCUGGGCUUGUCAAUGAAGGCCGUAUUCUAUUCAAGCGCAUGCAAAAAGAAUUUGGAGUUGAGCCCAGAAUGGAGCAUUAUGCUUGCGUGAUCGAUCUCUUCAGCCGCUCCGGGUCCCUCGAGGAGGCGAGUGAGACCGUGAAGACUAUGCCAUUUGAACCGAAUGCUUGCAUCUGGGGUGCUCUUCUCAAUUCGUGCCAGAUGCAUAGAGAUACAGCCAUCGCAGAGGAAACUGCUGCCCAAAUUUUGAGUUCUGGUACAGAGAUGACUGGGAGUUAUAUGCUGCUCUCAAAUAUCUACGCCACAAAUGGCAGGUGGGAUGAUUCGGCAAGGGUGAGGGUCUCCUCAAGGGAGAAGGGGUUGAAGAAAGUUGCCGGGCAGAGUUGGAUCGAGCUGAAGCAGAAGGUGCAUGUAUUUUCUGCAGGGAAUGUGAGCUCUGCUGAUGCAGGUUUGGGGGAGGUUUAUCGGGUUCUCGAGGAAUUGACGCUUCAGAUGGGUAACUCAAAGUUGGAUACGCCCUUCGCGGGAUAAACACAUAAACUUUGUUGACUGAAAUCAUUGAGUAUAUAAUGCAAGUGGCUAGUUUUUCUCC